UGAAGUUUCUUCAUUUCGUACUAAAACAUGUAUAAAAUUUCUGUUUACUCUAAACCCAAGACCGGGAUCGGGCUGCCAUAAAUGGAUUAGCACAGUGUUUGGGCCUACUCAAUUAGCAGCUUUUCUUCAAACGAACUAGCUAAUCACCAAUCAGGUCCUAAGCACGCAUUGAAGAACAAAAAGCUGUCGAGAGACGUGAAAUUUUCAUUUUUAGUAUAAUAAAAAUCAAAUAAAAAAUAUCCCUACUUUCAUUUGGAACCUAGCCCAACUUGUAGUUUGUUUAGCAAAGCAUCUGUGUCCAAGAUUCUGCAUUCAGGAAAAGCAUGGGUCGCAGAGGCGGAGGUGAUCGCACUGUAUAUGAUGCUGCUGCUAGGAAAGGAUUUUUGUCUUUGAAUAGUUGAUGGUCUGGUGGGUGGAUAGGGGAUGACGCUCAUCAAGUUCAACACUUUAAAGGGAUUGUACAGAAGUUUGAAUCGUGUGCGAUCCACCAUAGGAAGGAUGAAGGGAAAGAUGCUCCUUCAUGCCAAACUUAUCAGAGAGAGCUUGAAAAGUCUUGUGGAAUGGCAUUUGAUUGAUAAUGGAGGGAUUCACACAUCUUCUGCUUCAGCUUGUCCUUGUCAUUCAAGCAGAGAAUUGAUUCCUUGUAAUAUAUGGUGUUUUUGCUCACAAAGGGAAAUCUCUGAGCUGAGUAUAAGUCUUAUUGGAGUGAUUGGUGGUCAACUGAGUUGAAGGGACAUUUCUGUGAUGCAUGGUUAUUCAUGUUUAAAGCGGUAAGUUUUUCUCAGUUAAUUCAACUAAGUAUGUUCUAUUAAAGUUGGUAUAGCAGAGAAUUUAGGACAACUGAAAAACCCAGUUUAAUUCAUUGAUUUGAAGGCGAAUUUCUUGUUUGGCAGAAAGGUUGAUCGAAGGGGUAAAUGUGAGUGGUAUGAAGAAUAGGCAGGGUUAAAAAUCUUAUAGUUAUGAUGACUUUUAUAUUUAUAAAUUUUUUAUGUGCAGAAGGUUCCAUAUAUAUGAAUAUUCUUCUUGAAAUUUUGCAUGUCUUAUAAAUAUGUAUCUGUUUUAUUAACUUAUUUGUUUAAUUCUGUUUCUUAAACUGAGUGAAAAGUAUUACUUUCUUUAAAUUUUACUAACAAAAUGGAGAGGGAAGGAAUUUUUUCCCAAGGAAGAAGAAGAAGAAGAACAAAAGAAGAGGAAGAAAUCCUAGAUCAAUGGCAUGAAUUCAUUUGUGUCAAGUUAUUUUCUUUUUUAAAAUGAUUUUUAGACCUAAAAUGAUGGUGUUUAGAAUAUCAAGGAUUUUAGGCCUUGUUUAGUUGGUAACAUUUACAAAUGUGUAAAACUAUUUAAGCUAAGGUACUAGCUAAUAGGUUCAAGAAGGCCUUGGUUAAUCUCAUGAAGAGGAAGCAGAUAAUUUUUACUUGCGGUUGCAUGUUUAGGAACGGUGGUGAGUCAGUAGACUAUGGUAAUUAUUUUAUGACUUUGUGUGGUAAUGGCUAAAGGUUAGCUAAAAUAGAUUUUUAAAGGCUGUGCAAUGUUUUCUCCUCUCUCUCUCUCUCGCUCUCAUAUCAGUACUCUUUACAUGUGUUGACAUUGGUAGGCAUAGUUUUUGUAGUAAAUGAUAUUUGUUCGGCAUUAAUUUAUGGUUUGUUGCUCUAGUUGUAUCUAGGGUUGAGCAGAUGCCAUAGUGUUUUUUCCAUGUAAACAAACAUUGCGUGCUUGUGAUCAAAAUUGCAGUCAGUAACUAAGAGAGUGAAAGAGGAUCAUGAAUGCAAAUCAUAUCAAGAAGACCUUAGAGAGAUCUGUGGCAGCGUAGUUGGUUGACAACUUGAUGCUGUGAAGAUGGCAAUCAGUUUUAAGAGUUUUGAUAUGUAAAGGCAAGCUAAAUGUUUAUGAUGUUUAAAUGGUUACUAAUCUGAAAGGAUUUUUGUAAGUUGUAGUAAGAAACAGAACAAAUGGAUCAUAUGCAAAUGGUUUUUUUUAA